AUUAGUUAUAUGGUUCAUAAGUUUAGAAACAUUGCAAAUAUGAAAGUCGUAGGGUUGUUGCUUCUUACCGGCUUUUCAGCUGUGUUUGCCAGUGAACAAUUAUGGAUGGAAUUGAUGUCAGCUCAGAUUGUUAAUGCCGACGGGGAUGUCGCCAAUGCCGACAAGAAUAUACCUCAGCUUGCAACUGACUUGGGACUCAAGACCCUUGUUACACUGGUGAAGAAAGCUGGACUCGUUGAUGCACUAUCCGGCACAGGGCCAUUCACCGUCUUUGGACCAACAGACGAUGCGUUUUCCAAACUGCCAAAACCUUUCGUAGAUUUUCUUUUGAAAAACGUCACAGUUCUUGCAGAUAUUCUCAAGUAUCACGUUGCCAACGGUAAAGUCUUGUCUAAAGAUCUAAAGAAUGACGAGCUUGUCCCGUCACUGCUAGGUAGCGACAUUCGAAUCAACAUUUACAAAAAUGGAGAGAUUAUAACAGCGUCCGGCCGACAAGUUACACUGCCGGAUCAAGAAGCUUCUAACGGGGUUAUCCACGAGGUUGGCGGCGUGUUAUUUCCACCACCGGGUACGAUUACAUCUGUUGUGAAGAAGUGCCCGGUCUUCAGUACUCUACUCAAGGCUGUUGGUGCUGCGCCUGGAAUUGCUGGAACCCUUGAUGGUAAAGGACCAUUCACCUUGUUUGCUCCCUCGGAUAAAGCAUUUGCAAAGAUUCCCGAGAAGUGUCUUGAUGCGCUGCUGAAAAAUACCACACUUCUGACAAAGGUGCUUGAGUAUCACGUGGUUCCGUCUACCAUGUACAGUGCGGGCCUCUCUUGCGGAGAUAAACUCAAGACUGUGGAGGGAGGUGAUGUAAAAGUUACUAAAGUGUUUGGUCGUACUUGGAUAAAUAGGUCACGUGUCACAUAUGCGGACGGCACCACAACAAACGGUGUUAUCCACGUGAUUAACCGCGUGCUGUUUCCAAGAUGUGCGAAUGAUAUCUGCGGGGAUGCUUAUGCUGAUGACGACAACGACAACAAGGAAAACGCAGACGAAAAUAUCUUCAAGGCUUUUUUUAGCAAUUAAUGUUUUACAACUUCAUCUUAAAUCUACCUGCGCUGCCAUCUUAGGUUUUACAAAAGGAUUUCCGCAUUUGAAAUACAGUCCACAACUUAAGUUAAAACCAUGUCGUAAUAUUACAUUUAAUCGUGUAAAAACGUGUCUUGUUUCAUAGAUGGGGUAGUAAAAUUAAAAGGUUGCUAACUUAUAAAACAUUCGGCAUAAUAAGUAAAAUUUUAGUAACUUUAAUAAUCUAAAUACUGAAAUAUACUUACUAUGAUACCCUUUUUGGAAUACACUAGUAAUACAUUCCAUCUACCUUUAUGUGUAUAUAGUGCGUGUAUUGUAGUUCAGUGUUGUUUGCGUGUGAGGUUGCAGCUCCCUUUUGAAUUCUGUGACUGUUUCUGUUUAAACAGACGAGUAGUUGUGUGUCAUAAAUGUCUAUGCAAAAGCCUGCGCACAUCUAAAUAUUUCAUAAUCGGGCAAUCUCUUUUUUACUGAGAAAUCCUUUAGUGAUCAAAGUGCUUAGAAUCUCAUAUCAAAGUCUCUUACAUACAGCUGUUAGUCUUUUUUUCUGCGAUAUAUUUCUUUAUGAUAACAAGAAUGUGCAAUUUUGUCAAUAUACCAUCAAAACUCAUUUAGAAUACAUUAUUCAAUCAAACUGCUUAGAAUAUCUCGUAAUGUAGAGUGAUAUAAACAGCUGUUAUGUUUAUUUUCUAAUUCUAUGAUAUUUCUUGUGUUUAUUUUCUAUGAUAUUUAUUUGCGUGUUACUGAAAGAUGCAUUGAUAAUUUAUACCGUAGCUGUAAUUUCUAAUAAACGCUCUUAAACUUCA